AGCUGAGAUUUUUAGAAACUAGAAACAAAAUGGCCGCUCUCUAUCGAAGUAAGUUGCAUUUGAGGCAAGGCGAUGAUUUACCAGUGACGAAGUGAAUAUCUAAGGACUUGUGCUGAUACUUAAAGAACUACACAGUAUUUACUGGUAGGAUCUUGGGGAUUGUCAUUUGGUUAUUUCUGGAGAGGUAAAAUUUUCUACACCUGUGAUUUCUACGAAAGUAAGAGGCAAUGUGCGACCACCAUCACCUCAGGUCUCCAGCCCCUGUGGGCAUUGUUGACCAUGUUGGAAGCUUAUCAGAGAACUUUGCUGAGCUCGUUGAAACAGAGGAUUAUGCUGAUAUCACACUACUUGUUGAUGGAACAAGGUUUCGCAGUCACAAGGUUAUACUUGCUGCUAGAUCUGAAUUUUUCCGAGCACUCCUUUAUGGUGGACUUAAGGAAUCCUUACCUGGUACUAUGGAAAUUGAACUUCAGGAUACUCCUGCUGUUGCGUUCUCUGCAUUAUUGAAGUAUAUAUACACUGGUCGCAUGAAUCUGAUUGAAAUUCAGGAGGAAAACUUGUUGGACAUUUUGAGUCUGUCCCACAGAUUUGGAUUUGUGGAGUUGGAAUCUUCAAUAUCGGACUAUUUGAAAGCAAUAUUGAACAUACGUAAUGUGUGUCACAUAUAUGACUUGGCCAAUAUUUACAGCUUAACAUCCUUGUGCAGUGUGUGCAAAGACUACAUGGACAGGAAUGCACAUGAGGUUCUUUGCAGUGAGAGUUUUCUCUCUUUAUCACAGACAUCAAUGCGCGACCUCAUCUCAAGGGACUCAUUUUGUGCUCCUGAAAUUGAAAUUUUUCGUGCUGUGUGCAACUGGGCUGAGCACAACAAAGGCCAGGACCCCACUCCAAUACUUGAAGUUGUGCGCCUCCAGCUGAUGGGGAUGCAUGAGUUACUGAAUGUGGUACGAGAUACAGGCUUGGUGUCUUCUGAUGCUAUCCUGGAUGCCAUCAAAGUACAGACAGAAAGCAGGGACAUGGAUCUCAAGUAUAGAGGUUUGCUCGUGAUGGAAGAAAAUAUUGCAACUAUUCGCCUUGGGGCCUCUGUUGUAAGAGGAGAAAUGAAGACUGCACUGUUGGAUGGAGACACCCAGAACUAUGAUCUAGAUCGAGGCUUUACCAGACACCCAAUCGAUGACAACAAAGGGAGCGGCAUAGUUGUACGACUGGGCCAGCCUUACAUCAUCAAUACAAUCAAACUGUUGCUAUGGGAUGUGGAUACGAGGUCGUAUUCCUACUACAUCGAGGUUUCAAUGGAUGACAAGGAUUAUGAACGUGUCAUUGAUCAUUCAAAUUACCUGUGCAGGUCAUGGCAAAAGCUGCAUUUUCCAGCGCGAGUAGUAAGAUUUGUGCGCAUCGUUGGAACACACAACACAGUCAAUCGUGUUUUCCACGUAGUUUCUUUUGAAUGCUUCUACUCAAACAGACCCUUCCAACUUGACAGGGGUCUAGUUGUUCCUACAGAAAACGUUGCAACAAUAAAAAACAGUGCUCAUGUCAUUGAGGGUGUGUCUCGAACACGAAAUGCCCUUAUCAAUGGGAACACACGCGGUUAUGACUGGGACUCAGGCUACACCUGCCAUCAGCUGGGCAGUGGCGCUAUCUGCAUUCAACUCUCCCAGCCGUACAUUCUCUCUACCAUGAGGUUGCUCCUAUGGGACUGUGAUGACAGAAGUUAUAGCUUCUACAUUGAAGUGUCAACAGAUUCGCAGAAAUGGAUGCAAGUGGUAGACAAGAGGCAUGAACCAUGCAAGUCGUGGCAGACAGUGGCCUUUGACCCUUUGCCUGUCACAUUUAUUAGGAUAGUUGGAACCCAUAAUACAGCCAAUGAGGUUUUCCAUUGUGUUCACUUUGAAAGUCCCGCUGACACUUCUGUGGGUAGCCUGAUCAACAGUGUGGCCACAGUGAGCAUGACCAGUGGCCCUCCCAACAGCCCGAGGCUCGCCCAGCCCCAGCUUGGCCCAGCCUUUCCCGUCCAAGAGGCGGAGCCCCGAGGGCGUUCCCUCAGCCCCAGCAGCAGCAGCACCAGCAGUCGCAAUGACAGCCACCACAGUGCUGCGGCUCCACGUCUCAAUUUUGCUGCGUACCACGGCCCACCAUUGCCUCCAACUGCUCAACAGCAACAUCACCAGCCACAGCCUCAGCCACAUUUUCUGCAGCAGCCGCAGGGGCAGCAAGCCUCACCUCCUCAGGGUUUAGCAGACCCACUUCAGCCCAUGGGACAGUAUGCGGGGCAUAUGCUGCAACAACAGGAUGUGCCAGAGGCCGACAGGAUGGACACUCGCUAAAAUGCCUCGCGACACAUGUGUUUGUCACGUCAGAUUCCUUGUUUCUCGCGUUAGUGAAACAGAUAAAUGAAUGCGGUGCAAAAGCAGUGCUAUGCCUUUUGUUUCCCUUUUUGGCAUUUCUUUUACUUUUGCUGAAAUGGCUGUGUUAUUCUUAAAAUUUUAGUUUUUUGUUUUACGAAUUCUUGAAUGUGUACAAAUUUGUGCAUAUGAUUAUGGUGUAUUGUGUGUGAGUAUGUGUAUGUAUAUGCCAAGCUGAGAGAAGACAGGUUACUUUUUUAAUUUGAUGAGGAUUGUAUCAAAUUCUGUAUUGAUAGAAUCGAGGCAAUGCCCAAAACCAGAAGAAGGGAGGCAAUGCCAGAAAUGAUACAACAAGGUUGUUUUUGAUAGCAAAUGAAACAGUGGAAAGAGGCGUUGGGAUGAAGGGAGUGGAGGUGACCUGUUGGCAUGAACCACCUGACGGUUAAAUCGACACAGUGCAUGCACACACCUACACAGAAUGUUUUUUUUGGGCACACUCAUCAGCUCUACUGAGCAGGCCAAUCUCUAAGUUCUUCUUUUAUUGGUUCAACCAUUUAUCAUGUGGUCAAGCGUCCCAUUGUUUUACAAAAGUAUUUAAGAGCUGGUCCCUUCACUUUCCCAGUCUGGUUUUGUAUCAGAAUUUCACUGUUACCAAGUCACAGUGAUGCUUUCGCAUUGUAACAUUUCACUCAGAGGCCUGAAGUCUCAGGUUCUCACUUGCACCACAAACACACUUCAAUAACAAACAUAAGCAAACACUCAAAAACAUAUUAAUUUGCAAGAAAUAAAACACUAAAUCAAACCUCUUUAUCUUCAUACGGGUAAGAUGAGUAUUGUUUUUGGGUCAUAUUUAAUCAAUGAAUAAACAAGGAAUGCUAACUAGCAGGAGCUAAGUUGUGUCCUCUGAAAUCCCCUCACACUUUGGUCUACUUCUUUUUUUUUUGUCUCGCAACACUCCCAAAGACCAGGUUCUUAGGGGGAGACCAUUGUUUUUUUGUUUUAUGUUCUGCUCUUUUAUUAAAUCUUUUCCUGUUGUCUUCCCCUUAGGCAGUGUGUUUCUGCUAUUGACAGAUAACUUAGAGAAGAACCUUGAUAAAAAAGGAUCUUGUUCCAGGAGGAACUGAAUCACUAUAUCGAAAAGCUCUAGGUGCAGAGAAUUUUUCGUUCAUCACAUUGUGUGAGGAACAAUAAAUUGUUUUAGAAAUGGUGGUGAUGAAUGUAGAUUCAUCAUUUUGAUCUGGAGAUAGGUUUUCUCAAUGCUUUUCUCUCCAGUUGUAAGGAAAAGUGAAGUCCAGCCUACCAGUGGAAAACUGGCUGUCAAAAGAGAAUGAAGAUAGACUAUCUUGAAAAUGGGCAGAUAGUUGCUCACAUUACUUGACUUGGUAAAGAAUUGCACAAGUAAAAUAAGCAGUUUGGGUUGCUCUAGUAAAAUAAGCAGUUUGGGGGACUGAGAAAAGGAAUGCUACUGUGUCAUGAUGAUACCCCUGCCAAUGGUUCGAGAAAAGUGUGCGCAAAGGUUUGUAGCUUUGACUUUUUGCCAGGCUUACUGUGCUCUCCAGGUUAGCAAUUUAGGACUUUUUCUUUUUCCUAAAACUACCUUUUGAGGAAGAAAUUCUUGUCUGUGGCAAUGCCCUAAAAGAAGUAGUAAGAUCAUAUAAUAGGUGUUAUCAAGGUUAUCUGUUGAUCCAAAAAUCUGCUGCAUGAGUGGUAACAACAUUUCGUGAGAAUGACAAGAAGUUGCCAAAUUUUCAAGUUAUAAUUGUAUUUCUUGAAGACAAGGCAAAAGUACUUUUUGGUAUGCCCCUAUUGCUGGAAAUGGAAACUAUCGUUGUCUUUACCUUGUGAUGUGUAUAAAUUUAACAAGUCUAAAACUGCUUUAUGCUUGUAUAGUAUUUUUAAUCUGCACAUGUUAACUGAAGUGUACAAAACCUAGUCAUAUGGUUAAUACUGAUAAUAUUAUGCUACAUUUUCUGUAGAGUCUCUUGUCAUUUCUGUGUUAUACCCAAGAGUCAUUGACAAUGGCUGCAUUUGCUUGGUUGCGUGAGGGGGAACACCAAUGGCAGAUGUUUAUGUUCCUGUUGAAGUGGCUAAACAUUCUUUUCUCUGCUCAAAAGGAAUGAGUUGUUAUGUAGUCUCUAAUUUCUCCAAAAGGUUCUUGAGAUCAAAAGGUUGUUACUGGAGAUUGAGGUACAAGUACAUUUGUGCUUAAGGGGUGUGAGGAGGGGAAGAAGGAUGCAGUUGGCUAAUGAGUCUUCCCCAAAAUGUGGAGUCUUUUGUUCAAAAGUCAAUUAAAUAUUAAGACAAAUUUAAUGUCAAAAGUGCUGUUGAAAAUUCCUGUGUCAAGGACGAGAUAGUUUUUUCAAUCAAGAAUGGAGCCAGUUCUGAUCUACACCUUGAGCUUUAUUUCAGAGAAGUGAACAUAAAACACAAAAUAGUGUCUGGAGUGUAAUGUUUCCUCUUCACCGUGCACACAAACAGCAUUAGUUUGAUUUCCAUUACACGUUACCACUCUCUUGAGAAAUCUGAGUUUGAAUUUGUUUUUGAUUCUAACUCAUCCGGUACUCAACAAGGUGUUGAUAUUUUCUGCCAGCAGGUAUGGGGUCAAAUAUAUCCCCAUAAUACCAAUGUCAAGGUACUCUGGAUUCUUCUAAGCUGCAGAGGCGACACGUGGUGAGAGAAGUAUACCUCUGAAAAGACAUGGACAUACAGCUGCUUGAGGUAACGUUUCUGACAAGCUGGUUUACUUAUUGUUUUUGUAAGAUUUUUCUAGGAGAAAAGUAAUCGAAGAUAGUGUGGAAUACACGAUUAAUAAUUACGGAUUUGAACCUUAUGAGAACCAUCUGGAAAAAAAAAAAAGCAAUAAGAAAUUCAUGUCACAUUGUAGUCAAUGUUGGCCAGGACUGUCUGGCAUGUGUGAUAGUUUACAGUUUUAAUGUUUUAGUAGGUUAAGGGAAUUAGGUAUUUUACUCAGUAUUUAUUAGUAGGCCUACACAUUCUAUGAUUAAUGAUUACUGUCUUUUAUACAAAAUUGUACAAUGUAAAUAUUAUGCCCUCUCUUGGUUUUCAUUUGCAAAUAUUGCAGAUCAACAUUGUCCUAGCAGUUGAAAGUUUUCCAAGCGAAAGCAGUUGAACAAGUGAUGGUAGAUUGAGUACAGAAGAAAAAAAUCCAGACUCAUGUGUCUGAAGUUGAAGAAAAAUCUGUCAGGAGCACUCACUGCACCAGUAAUUGUAGCAAAGGGAGGAGGGAAGGGGAAUAAGCAACCGUCUGCUCAAAUAUUCUUUUGAUGGUACUAAGAACAUAUGGUAAUUCAAGUGCUGAAUAAAGAGCAUAACCUGGAAACAACUCGCGGUAAUUUCUAGGAAAAAGUUUUGCUCUCUCUCUCUCUCUCUCUUCCCCCCCUCUCCUUCCCCCUCUCUCCUUCCCCCUCUCUGCUUGCAUUUUGUGUGUGUGUGUGUGUGUGUGUGUGUGUGAAAGAGAGAAUGCAUGUGAGAAAGAGUUUUGGGUAAGUGUGGAUCUGUGUUGAAUUCCAUUUAUAUGUGAAUUUUCUUGAACCACAGAUUGAGAGGCCAGGAGUUAGGAUUUUGCUUUUUGACUCCUCUGAUGUAUAAAAUUAUAAUUGUAUCAACCUGAAUUUAAAAGAAAAAGAAAUGUGAUUCCCAUUUUCCUUGUUCAAUUUCAAUUUUUUUUCUGCAUCACUACUGAUAUAUGAAAUCUUACAUUACAUUAUUUUGUAUUAAAAAUGAAACUGAUUUGAUAUAAACUCUU